AUGGCGGAUGCGGUGCCCGUUUGCGAUGUCUUGCUCGAAGCUAUGGAAUAUUUGUCCAAGCUUGGAUCGAAUUUACGUGUGCGUUCUGAAAAUUUUAAGCAGAAAAAAUUACGAAAAGACAAACUUCGAAAUACUCAUGCCGUGCAAAAAGCCGCUAACAAAGUCCUCUUGAUUUGUGAAUUGUCAAAAAAGUCAAUACUGAAUGUUGAGGCCGGCGUUAAACAAAUACUUACCCAAAUUGACGCCUCCCAAGGUUCUACAAGCAGAAAAACAAAAGAUAUAAUUUCAAAUACAAAUCAAGAUGAGUCGAAUUACUUUGAAUAUGAAUCGAAAAAAUUGAGAAUACGCCGUAAAGUAAAUUUAAAACAUUUUACGUCUGUCAAAGUUCUAGCUAAAGCGAUGCCUCUGUCAAUGCAAGAUAAAUAUCCGUUAUAUUACAACUGUAAACUAUAUCAAACAAGAAAGGAAAAACAGAAAAAGAACAGCAAAGAAGAAUCUACUCAUGAUAUACUGGAAGAUAGUUUUAAUGAUAACCAAACAUCUGUAAGUUCCUGUAAUUUAAUAGAAAAAGAUGUUGAUGAGUUAAGUACUACUACUAAUAAAAUGGAAAAGAAACAUGAAGAUCACCAGUUGCCAGAUACUUCUGCAGGAGAGCAAAGGGAUAAAUCUAAGAAGAAAGAAAUUUUACAAAAAUCUCCAGAUAUAAAAAAAAGUAAGAAGUUUAGACAUAUCAAAAUUAUGGAUAGUACAGAUAGUGAUAGUGAUGCAAGACAGAAUGUACAAUCAAAUGAAAAAGAAUGUGGAGAUAAGCCUGAUGCUCCAAUGACAGUCUGUGAAAUUGUGCCUAAUAAAGAAGCAAAUAUUGACAAAGAGGGAGAGGAUUCAUUGCAUUGUAGUAAUAAGGAUGGCAGUUCAUGUGACGAAGAUAGUCAAGUUCAUAUAUUGAGUAAAGAUACUUUUGAUGGCAUGUCAGGUCAAAGUGCAAACUGUGAAACUAUUGCUAAACAUUCCAGUGGAAAAUUAUUAAAUGUAGAAUAUGAGCAAGAGCAACAAGAAGCAGCUACUACACCAGAAGUGAUAAUAGAAAAAAAAGACUAUCCUAGCAUAGCUACCAAGGAAUGUGAGCGAGAUGUUGAUAUAGAAAAGAAAAAAAUACUUAUUUCACAUAGUGAAAAACUUGAAUCAAAUGAGAUGAUAGACAAAGGCAAAUGUAAUGAUAACGAAGAGCCUAAACUACUAAUAGAUCCAAACACAGUGAUUAGUGAUGCGUCCAAUACAAGUACUAUUUGCAAAGGAACAGAAAAUGAAAAAGGCCCUGAUUUUGAUAAUGACAAUAGUCAAGGCUCUACAGAUUCAAGACCCUUCAUAAAAUGUGUCAAUAUUAACAAAUUGCUCAGAGAAGAUAAAAUACCAAAAAAGAAAGAGCAAUCUUUUAUUGAAAUACUUGAUAGUGAUACUGAUGAGGAAACAAAAGAUGUGAUUAAAAAAAGUAAGCACAAGGAAAAUGACAAACAUAGAAGUAAAUUAAAAAAUAGACAUAAAUUAUCAAAAAAUCAUGCAAAACCAUUACAUAAAACGAGGAGAACUUCAUCAGAGUCUAGUAAAACUGAUGAUGAAGAUUAUUGGAAACAAAAAAGGAAAGAAGUAAAAGAAUUUAAACCAAAAAGUUUUAAAAUUGUCAUCGCUAGGAAAUAUGAGUUGACAGAAAAGUUUUUACAUGAACAAAAUUUAAAAAGAAUAACUCGUUAUGGUUCUAUUAUUUGUGAAUUAUCAUUACAAAAUGAUAAAGAAGAAGGGUUAAAUAUACCUGUUGAAAAGCAAAGUUUACAAAUAAUAGAAACAAACAAAUCAUUACCUUCCAAAGAUAUAAAUGUUGUGAAAAAUGCUUUGCUGAAUGAUUCUGACUCAGAUUGCGAUAAAGAGACAGAAAAAGCAAAUAAAAUAAAAAAAGUUCUUCUAGAUGAGUCUGACACAGAAAAUGUAGAGGUCACAGAAAAUCAAAACCCACAAUUAUCUAAUACAGAAAUUAUUGAUGAACCUAGUAAUGUUGCUUGUUCUGAAAAUAAUAAUCAGGAGAAUAUACCAAUAAAUAAUAAAAGUAAAAUACUAGAUGAACAAGGAACCGAUAAUAUUGAAGAAGAAACCAAUAUGAUUGACAAUGGAACUAUUAAGAUUAAAGAAGGAACUAUUAAGAAUAAUAAUGAACAAGUAACUAACAAUAAUAAACUAGGAACUGAUAACAAAGAACAAGGAACCGAGGAGAAAGAUAAUAAUAAUGAUAAUUCAUCAGAUACAAAUGAGGCAAAUAAAAGUACUACAAACAGUAAAAGAAAGAGAAGAAGUAGUUCCCCUUUACCAUCAUCUAAGCGAAAACGUAUUAUGGAAAGUAUGCAUGCAAAGAAGAUGUUACUAAAUUGUUCAUCAAGUUCUGAAACAGAAGAUGAACAGUUAAAAAAUGUAUUAAAUGAGAUACGAGACUCUUUACUCAAAGGAGGUUCUGAUGAAGAGGAUGAAACAAUAAAAAGGGAUGAUUCUGAUGACAUUUCAUCUAACGUGUGUAAAGGGAACACCACUGAAGAUAGUAAUCACUGUAUAACAGAAUGUGAUUCACUAAGUAAAGACUCUGAUAGCCAAGUUGAAGAAAAUAAUGAAGUAAAUUCAAAUUCCAGUUCUCGAAAGAUGGGCCGCUCUAAAUCUAAGCCACCUGGUAGCAGCAGUCAAAAUACAGAUACACAAGAGUCAUUUGACAAAGAAAUAGAUGGGCUAACAGAUUUAAAAACUCUCACUAAAAAGCACCGACGGCGGCGGCGGCGGCGGUCUACUUCAACUGACUGCACUCAAAGUUCCAGCUCAAGAAGCAAAAAGAAAAUGCCAAAAACGCCCCAGAUCAGUGAAGAAGGCUUCUUGAAAGCCGAAAGCAGUUCCGAUGCUGCUUCUCUUGCUGACAGCGAUGUUGGUGAAGAAGUAGAGAUACCGGCAGUAAGCUUGUCAGGACUCAAUGGUGACUCUUUAGAUCACCUUGCUAAAGAUGAUCUUCUAGAAGAGAGUAUGUCAUCCAGUUCACAUGAGAAAAGUUCAGGGGAUAUAAAAAAAGAAGAAGAAUCUGAAGAAGAAAAUGUAAAAUUAAGACGUCGCAAAGCGAACGCGAUAUCAUCAGACUCAGAGGCGGGUGGGUCUCGCAAGAAGGACAGGGAUGUGAGACUUAGCGACUUCGAGGACUCCGAUGUGGACUCCGAACCAGCGAAGAAGUCUAAGAGGAAGAAGAAAGGCAGUGAGAGUGAUGAUUCAGUGGCCUCGUCUGGUGAUGGGAGUAAAAAGAAACGGCGUCGAAUAAAAAAUAUAGACGACAGUGAAGAAGCAUCUGGUUCCGAGUCAGAAACAGAAGGCAGAAAUAAACAUGGCAGGAAGAACAUUAGAAAGGUUAUGGGUAAGAAUCAACUCGAAGAAGCAACCAAGAAAGCAGCCCGUGAAGAAAAAGAGAGAAUCGCUCGAAUCGCUGAAAGACAGAAAUUGUACAACAAUCUGCAAUUUGACGAAUCCGGUAAACCAGACGAAGUGGUUUUGGACAAAGUAGUGCUUGACUUCGAUCCGGAGACAAAGGAACCAUUGAUAGAGGUUGAUAAGGGAUUGGUUAAGAAAUUGAAACCUCAUCAGGCUAACGGUAUAAAAUUCAUGUGGGAUGCGUGCUUUGAGAGUGUGAAGCGAAUCAAAAAGGACAAGGGCUCAGGUUGCAUAUUGGCGCAUUGUAUGGGUCUCGGGAAGACUCUACAGGUGGUGUCGCUGACGCACACGCUGCUGACGCACAGCGCGCUGACGCGCGUGCACCGCGUGCUGGUGGUGUGCCCGCUGUCCACGGUGCUCAACUGGGUCAACGAGUUCCGUAUAUGGCUGAAGCACGCGCACGCGGACUUUGAUGUGGACGUGUACGAGCUCUCUAGGCACAAGCAGAACUCCGAGCGCGCGUGGCAACUCCAGCAGUGGUUUAGUGGGGGUGGCGUGUGCGUGCUCGGCUACGAGAUGUUCCGCAACCUGUCUGCAGAUAACAAUAAGAAGUUCAAGAAGAAGAUGCUUAAGAGCUUCCAGGAGAGUCUGGUUGAUCCAGGUCCAGAUUUAGUGGUAUGCGACGAAGGUCAUUUGCUGAAGAACGAAAAGACCAGUCUCUCGCAAGCCAUGAAUCGCGUGAAGACGCUGCGCCGCAUCGUACUUACUGGAACACCUUUGCAGAAUAAUCUCAAAGAAUAUUACUGCAUGGUACAGUUCGUAAAGCCGAACCUCCUCGGCAAAUACAACGAGUACCUGAAUCGUUUCGUGAACCCCAUCACCAACGGACAGUAUACAGAUUCAACGGAACACGACAUUAGAGUUAUGAAGAGACGCUCCCAUGUGCUGCAUAAAAUGCUUGAUGGGGCUGUGCAGAGGAGAGACUAUGGGGUGCUGGCGCCUUUCUUGCCUCCGAAGCACGAGUACGUCCUCUUCAUAACCCUCACUGAAGUGCAGAUCAAACUUUACCAACACUAUCUGGAUAAUUACUCUAGAAGACCAUUAGCGGGGAAAUCUUCAGGGUUUCUAUUCCCAGACUUCCAGUCAUUGCAAAGAAUAUGGACGCAUCCGCUUGUAUUGAAAUACAACUCUGAAAGAUAUGAAAUUAUGCAACAGAAGAAACGUGAGAGAGAGGAAGAAGAUUCCGAGGGCUCUCUGGCUGACUUCAUCGACGAUAACUCUACCCCUGAUGAAUCUUCAACAGAGGAGUCGUCAGAUAGUUUAUCGGAUAUGAGUGAUGACAGUCGAAAGAAGAGCAAGAAAAAGAAAUCCGCUAAAAAAAGCAAAGCAAAAGAAUCUAAAGUGGCACCGAGAAGAGGAACGAGAGCUAAUCCAAUUGAAGUGGAGGACGACGAUGACGUGGUGCUGGACGAGGGGGGGAAGGCUGAGAACCCGACGGAGUGGUGGAUGCCGCUCGUGCCCGAGGAGGAGCUGGACGACCUGCGCCACUCACACAAGCUCGUACUGCUGUUCGACAUACUGAGGCAGUGCGAGACCAUCGGUGAUAAGUUAUUGGUGUUCUCACAGUCCUUAUACUCGUUAGAUCUAAUAGAGCACUUCCUAGGUAAAGUUGAUGAGGCGACGCAAGAAGGGCGUGUCGAUGAAAAAUUAAAUUCACAUGUUGGUUCGUGGUCUCCGGGAAUAGAUUACUUCAGGCUAGACGGCUCCACGUCGUGCGAGAAUCGCUCCAUCUGGUGCAAAAAUUUUAAUAAAGAAGACAAUCCUCGAGCUAGACUGUUCCUGAUAUCAACGCGUGCAGGCGGGCUCGGCAUCAACCUGGUGGCCGCCAACCGCGUCGUCAUCUUCGACGUGUCCUGGAACCCCUCGCACGACGUGCAGAGCAUAUUCAGAGUGUACCGCUUCGGUCAGAAGAAACCCUGCUAUGUUUAUAGGUUUUUGGCUAUGGGCACAAUGGAAGAGAAGAUCUACGAGCGUCAAGUGACAAAGCAAGCGAUAUCGAAGCGUGUGAUAGACGAGCAGCAGAUCGACCGCCACUACGCGGAAAACGAUCUCGCCGAGCUGUACAAGUUCGAGCCCCACCCGCCGUCGCCGCGCGAGCUGCCGCCGCUGCCCAAGGAUCGAUUGUUCGCCGAGAUGCUGAAGGAGCACGAGGCACAGAUCUACAAAUACCACGAGCAUGACUCUCUGCUGGAGAACAAAGAAGAGGAGACGCUGACAGAGGAAGAACGCAAAGCGGCGUGGGAGGACUUCGAGAACGAAAAGACUCGCCCGCCGCCCGCGCCCUUCUCCGCCUACAUGCACAAUGGCAUGAUGCCCGGGCUGCUGCAGCAACAGUCGCAGCUGGCGUACGCGACGCUCGCUGCGCUGCUGCAGAAGAAGAUGCCCAACGCCAGCGACGCGCAGAUACGCGAAGCGCUCUACCACACCAACCCCGCGAUGUUCGGUGGAUACGACUACGGCUUUUUGCAGAAAAUGGGUGAAUUGUACAAGUAUGCGCAGCCCGGGAUGAUGAACCCUGGAAUGUUGAAUCCUGUCAUGAAUCCAGUGGGCGGCAUGUCGCUGGGCGGCAGUAGCGGGCUGCAGUACGAGCCGCCGUGGCAGCGCCAGCAGCAGGAGCAGAUGCGCAUGCAGCAGAUGAUACAGCACCAGAAUCAAAUGGGCGCGAAGCUGUACGCGGGCGGGCUGGGCAGCCGCGACCCGGUGGCGAUGGCGCUGCAGCAGCAGCGCGCGCGCGAGCUCAUGCUGGGCGAGCGCGGGCGGCCGCGCGGCCGGCCCUCGCGCCAGGACCCGCCGCUGCCCGCCAACGACAUCGUCAACUUGGACUCGGAU